AUAAACAGAAUCACGUUAUCUCGUGUCGUUUCGUUUUAUUAUUUUUCCUUCUCUUUGAGUAUUUUGAGUGGAUUUACAAAUGUGGAAUUACUUGACGGCUGGGGGUAAAAGAACCUUCGAGGACAAAGCAAUUCAGACGAUUAUCCAACGCAAAUGCGGUGGUGACGUGUCUCUGAAACCUGACCAAGAGGAACAAGUCUUUUACAAGCUUCUGGAGUACACUCCAUUCAGAGACAUUCAAGAAGAAAGCUACAAAAUCGUCAUUUUACCGAGACCUAAGCAGGAAAAUCUGCCGUCAUCGAUUUACUUAAACUUGGAGAACUGUCUUUUGAUUGACGAUGAUGCGAUCAGUGAGUUGUGUCUGGAACUAAGGGAGCGAAUUCGUAAAGGGUACAAGCAGUUGAAAACUUACAAUGACAUGGGAAGUCAAACUGAUUUACACGUCCAACCCCAUAUUUUAGAGGAUGAGAAAGUUGCAAGCGUUGUUGCGGACUGUGCUGUGCAAACGAUCUCUAUAAAUUCAUGUUUAAAGGCAAAAUCAAAAUCAAAAUAAUUUGUAAUUGUUGCCUUAUCCAGACUGUACAAGUCAUUUUGUUUGUCAAAAUUUAUCGUCUUGAAAUAAAAUUUUAGUGUUUUGUGUUAUUAAUGGACAAAUCUGUACCCACCAUCAGCUCUGGAGCAGACCUGGAUGAGGAGAAAUCAAAGUUUAGGGAAACCCUUGCUAGGAAAUUUAAAUUUUUGGGCACUUUAAAGAACUAUAUUUUUUCCAAACUCCGCAAAGAGAAGUACAAUUUAGACGAUUCUCCUCCACCUGCAGUCAGUAUCGUGUCUUACGACCAACGUGGUUUCGAAGAUGCCGAAAAAGCACUCGAUAGUGAAUGUUCCCAGACUAUAAAACUCGACCCCAGAAUUCUACAAGCCUUAAAAACUGCCUUAAAUUCCAAAAUCAACGAUCCCAAACCGAACGCAAACUUGGAACUUUUGGACAUUGUAGAACGCACUUUCGCCCGCCAAAUGGACAUCUUCGAAGGCCUCCUCAAGCACAUCAACUCCAAGAGCGAAUCGGACAAAGUCAAGUUGCAAAGAAAGCUACGGUCAUCACUCAAAGAUCGAUCGCUCGAUUUGAAUUACAUUAUUAAUAAUUUAGUAACGGAGCUGAACGCGAACUCAAACGCCCAGCAAAUCACCAUUGCCUUAAACGACGAUACGCCAAAUCCCGGGGAUAAUCCAAAAAUCAAAAAACCGUCAAUUGAGUGUGAGUGCCGCCAGGCCGGAGCCAGUGGAGGUGCCGUACCAAGAACCCAAUAAUGUAUUAUUAAAGUUGCAUUAAAUUUAAAUUACCGACCCA